CUAGCUCCUACAUAACACUUUUGUACAUUUGAAAACAGCAUCUUUAAAACUACGCACAGGAAAAAAAAAAAAAAGAAAAGAAAAGGAAGGACCUCAACUGAUACCUCAUCUAAUUUUUAAUUUUUCACAAAAGAAUGGGAUCUGUUGGAGUUCAGAUUGUAUGUGUGGCCCUCGGGGUCCUCGGCCUGAUUGGGGCCAUCGUUUGCUGCGCCGUUCCUCGCUGGAAGGUGUCUUCCUUCUCAGGAAGCAACAUUGUGACUGCGCAGAGGACUCAGGAGGGUCUGUGGAUGAACUGUGUGGUGCAGAGUACCGGCCAGCAGCAGUGCAAGAACUACGACUCCCUGCUGGUGCUGUCCUCUGACCUGCAGGCCGCCCGCGCCAUGACCAUCAUCAGCUGCAUGCUCUGCUGCCUCAGCCUCCUCGUCCUGUUCUGUGGUGCCGACUUCACCACCUGCAUCGAGAACGAAGACGCCAAGCCAAAGAUCAGCCUGGUGGCCGGGGUGGGCCUGCUGCUGGCCGGCCUGUUGAUCAUCAUCCCCGUCAGCUGGUCCGCACACAUUGUGGUGAGGAACUUCAACGACCCCCUGGUGAAUGCUUCCCAGAAGAUGGAGCUGGGAGCCUGCAUCUUUGUGGGCUGGGGAGCCGGUGUGCUGCUGCUUCUGGGUGGAGGUCUGCUCUGCUGCUUCAGCAGGCCCAAAUCUGGCUCAGGAGGAACCGCCAAGUACUACAGCAACAGCGCCUCAGCCCCCAACAAAAACUACGUGUAGUGGCUUUAAAAAAGGGACCAGUGUUUGAGAGAAAGGAGGGCAGAGGGAUUUAGUUGGUAAAAGACCGGGAAGCACAAAAAAGUAGAUGAAACCAGGGGUUAUUUUGGAAAAGUGUAAAUAUGAAAUGCUGACACUAACUUGGUUCCAUACUAAUAGUUACUCUAAUGAUGUUUUUAUUGUGGGUAUUGGGUAAUUCAUACAUUAUGAAAGUAAAAGCCGUAAAUUAUAAAUCAAACUCAGCAUUUGAAUAUUUUACUUAGGUUCCUGCCUUGACAUAUAAAUCAGCUACAGUAUUCUAGCUUCAAAACUGUUGCUUUCUACUUAUUUUUCUUGAAAUAUAUGACCUCAAAAUUGACUUUAAAAGAACAACACAAGUGUAAAAGAACAUUAAAGGUUCUGAAAAUGUGAAACGUGUAUUUGUGAAAAGAAAAAUAAAUAGAUUUUGUGAGCUCUAAGCUCAACAUUUAAAGAACCAAAUGGCCUUUUUAAAUGCACUAAUGGCUCAUAUUUCACAUAUAGUUUGCAUGUUUAGUCACUUGUCUGUUGUUCCUCUUUUAUCUUUGAUGCUGUUAACUAUCUGCGGUCAGAAAUAGCGACAAAAUAGUCUUUAACUAAAUGUGUCUCAGUAAGCCUCAGGGAGCGUCUGUGUGCAUUUGUUUCUCUGAUGAUAUGUUUUGAGCAUCCACGUUACAUUUCGUUUUAUAAAACAUUUCUUGUUGCUCAUUUUGUUUUGUUUCUCAUUUUGUAUGCUGACAAGUAUUACUGAAUAAAAUUUGGUCCAUUUCAAAUGUA